GCCUGGCCGUCUGGUCAGUCAGGCUAGUGCUGGAAGACAGUGUGUGAGAGGCAAUGAGAGCGAGUAGGCUGAAGGCACUACUCCUUCCCACAAUACAUUCCGCCAUCAUGAGUGUUAUAUAAUAGCAAGAAUAAUAUAUUGCAGACGCAACUCCAGUCAUCUGGGCCAGAGAUACAAUUACACCUCACAGGAGUAGUGUGAAUCUCAACUAACAUCAUGGCAUUGGACUUCAUCGCUGGAUGCCUUGGAGGAUGUGCGGGCGUCGCUGUGGGUUACCCUUUCGACACAGUGAAGGUCCGCCUCCAGACCCAAGACUUCAAGAACCCGAUGUACAGAGGAACCUGGCACUGCCUUAGCGACACAGUCAAGAAAGAGUCGGUUCGUGGCUUGUACAAGGGUAUGUCGUCACCGAUGGCUGGAGUGGCAGUUGUGAAUGCUAUAGUCUUUGGCGUCCACGGCAAUAUGACUAAACACCAGAAAAACCCCAACUCACUCUGGUCGCAGAUGAUGUGUGGGGCCACUGCUGGCUUCUGCCAGUCCUUUGUAUCUUCGCCAAUGGAGCUAAUUAAAACCCGCGUCCAGAUACAGACAGAAGCCUCAGUAAUGAGUGUAAAGAGCCUGAGCACUGCGGCAACUUCCUCCAGUACAAUAAACCACUGCGCCACCUACAGCAGCCCGCUCGACUGUUUGAAAAAGAUAUGCACUACGGAGGGCUGGCGAGGGCUCUUCAGGGGGCAACUCAUCACUGUCGCCAGAGACGUGCCAGGAUUUUCUUCGUAUUUCGUCACCUACGAGUACCUGAGCCGCUCCUGCGCAGCCAGUGAUGGCAGCAUCCCUGCUUUGGCCGUACUUGGUGCUGGAGGCUUUGCUGGCGCAGCUUCUUGGGUCUUGACUUACCCCAUAGAUGUCGUAAAGUCCAGACUCCAGGCUGACGGUAUCGGUGGCGUUACUAAGUAUAAGGGCAUCAUUCACUGCGCCAAAACAAGCAUAGCAGCGGAAGGUAUCGGUGUAAUGUUUCGUGGCCUGAACUCUUCCUUACUCCGCGCAUUCCCUACCAAUGCCGCUACUUUCGCAGUCGUCACCUGGACUCUGCAACUGUGUCGACUUCGGGAGGCUCGUAAGGACAUGCCUCAGUCCUGGAGGGAGGUACUUGAGGGGGGCGAGGCACUGGUCAAGGCAGCAAGCGUACCAACCUCCUUAGAGCCAACGCUGAACUCCCAGACCCAGUGGCAGAGCUCACUGGCCUUCCUACCCCAAGUUAUGGCCGACUCAACCAUGGGCUCUGGUAUGGAACAGGAAGAGGAAACUAGUGGAGAACCCCGGCAGUGUGACUGUGGUGGUGAUUAUAGUAGCGUUGCUUCUUCCGUAAUGGGAAGAAUACCAGAGUUGUUGGGUAACGAUGGUAUGGGUCAUAAUGGUGUGUGGAAGAGUCGUGGUGAUAUUCUUUGCUGCACUAGACCCUCAUUAUGGGCGCUCACCAAACACCAACACAACCUUAGUAUAGUCUUGUAGUUUCCACGUGUUCACACAAGAUACUGCUAAUUUUGGGUGACAUAAAUUAUUUUAAUUUUUAUAAGUUUUCAAGUGGUAAAGUACUACCACUCAAUAUUAUAUAUAUAUUGACGGCAAUGUCGUUUUGUGAGGAUUUUAACUAAUGACAAAACUGUUCUGUCCUUUGGCAGUACUUAACAUAAUUAUAUAUGUAGAUGGUAUGUAUAACCCUCUUAUAGAGGGUUUUUAAUUUUAAAGUUGGUGUGCAACUAUAGGGUAAACACACUAUUUUUAGUAAAAUUAUUUACUUUAAAUGCUUUUAAAGCCCAUUAUCUCGUUAAAUUAUAAAAAAUUUGCUCGCAUUUCCUUCAAACCAAACACAUUGCAGGUUGUCUGUCGGAAGAGCAUUUUUAUUUACUGUAGGAUCUUGGAAUCUGUGAAUUAAAAGUAUCCUAAUCUAAAUUAA